CCUCUGUACAAAAGGGAUCAAGGGAAUGUGACUUGGCAAGUGCCAGAGCAUUGGGGUCUAUUGAAGAAGAAGAAGACAAACGAGGACCAAGCUAAAACAGCAAGAGAACACUAAUAAAGAGUUCCCAAACAUAGACGUUUUAUUGUGGUGAAAGGGAAAAGGACAGAGAGAGAGAGAGAGAGAGAGAGAGAGAGAGAGAGAGAGAGGGGCGUGCUGCUACCCCGGGCUGUCUGAUUUACUUUCAGUUACUUGUGGAGAGUAGAAGAUCUGCUAAAAAAUUUCCUCCAGAGGAUCAAGUGCUGUUCUGGUUCUUCAUCUCUACGCCAACUCACCUGGUCAGAAGAGAAGAGCUGCUAAGCCAUGAAGAGACCUCACGAUUACAGCUCUCCAGAUUCCGAUGCUGAUGAGCUGAUCGACGUGGGGCAGGAGGACAGUUACUGUUCUGUCUCUGGGUCCAUGUCUCCAGGCAGUACUUCACAGAUCCUAGCCCGCAAGAAGAGAAGAGGGAUAAUUGAGAAAAGGCGCAGAGACAGGAUCAACCAUAGUCUGUCAGAGCUUAGGAGACUCGUGCCCAGCGCCUUUGAGAAACAGGGUUCGUCUAAACUUGAGAAGGCUGAGAUUCUUCAGAUGACAGUGGAUCAUCUCAAAUUGUUGCAUGCCAUGGGUUCAAAAGGUUAUUUCGAUGCUCGUGCACUGGCAGUAGACUACAGGACAUUGGGAUUUCGUGAGUGUGUGGGCGAGGUGGUGAGAUACCUCAGCUCUCUGGAGGGUGCUGAGUCUUCAGAUCCUAUUGGUGCCCGCUUGGUGUCUCAUCUGAGUCAAUGUGCCAGUGAGCUUGACCCUCUGCAUCAGAGCCCAGCCUCCUUGGCCUUUCAUCCUUGGCCUUGGGGCUCCUUCCCUCAGCUCAGUGCCUCCUCUAGCCCAGCCUCUUCUUCCCAUUUUCCUCCUGCCACCCGCCGAGAGAUGGCCCCUCAUGCUGCUGCGACUCUCCUGGCAUACCCCUCACCAGCGCUGUGUGUUGCACCACUGGGAAACCAGGGGGCGCUAUUGAGCCCUGCAUUAUCUCCUGUGCACAGGAUGCCCUCUGUUUCAUCACACCCUCACAGACUGGCACAGCCGUCCACAGAGAGCUCAACUGUUCCCUCACCUCUGCAUUCUGUCCCACUCCGUUCUCAUAACUCCUCCUCCCCUUCCUCUAAUUCCGCUUCGUCUUCCCCCUCCUCUUCAUCCGUUGGUCAUCCUCAGGUUUCCUUCAGACCCUUCGUUGCUCUGAGGUCUCCAGCCCCACUGAUCAGGGUCAGCAAAUCAGCACACAGUUGGGGAACAGAGAUCGGGGCCUUCUGAUUCAGCUAAUUUAGUGGACUUUUCACAAAUAUGCAACUUGUUGGGACAAGAGAGCUAUGAUAUCAUGAGUAAUAUCCAUUUUGGUUAUAGCCAGUAGAGAAUGUUAAGAAUGUAUCCUCUUAACACCAUGUUGGUACUUAAAAAUUAAAAACCAUGCAAAACCCAAAUAGUAGUCACUGAACAGUGCAAAUAGUGAUACAGCCACACUAAAGCGCAAUUAUACUUAUUAUUUAAACGAAAAGACAACUUUUAACUCAGUGAUUUAGUAUCAUACGUAUUCUAGGUUUAGGAAAGAGCAUGACUGGUGAGAAUGGACUGUAAAAAUGCACUGAAAAAUGUGCCUUUCUCAAUAUAGACACGACAAUAUAAACACAAAUUCCAUCAUCUGAGAUAUUUUUCUGUUUAUUUGCUUAUUUGUU